UGGAGAGCACGAGCCACUCCAGCAGCGGGACGGAGGCGGCGGAGGAUCCUGCAGCUCCACAAACCCUCUAAUUAUACACACACAGACACACAUAUAUGAAAAAACACUUAAAGAAGACGGAAAGUGACUGGAUUUCGUGUCUGAAGGAGUUUCUCUUCACUCCCCAACGAAUGAAGAAGUGAAUCAUCUGUGAUUGCAGUCAUGGCUGUGCAGACUGGCAUCCAGGUAUGGUUCGGCGAGAAGUUCGACGCCCCCCUGCUGAGCCCCAGGAGCCCUCGCAGCCCGCUGGCGCAGCGGCACGGCCCCGGCCUGGCCGACGUCUUCCAGUACGACCAGUGGCUGGCGGUGCGGCACGAGGCCACGCUGGUGCCCAUGCAGGAGGAUCUGGCCAUCUGGCUCAGCGGCAUGCUGGGCGAGGAGGUGAGAGCGGAGUUCUUCAUGGAGGAGCUGAACAACGGCGUGAAGCUGUGCCGGCUCAUCGGCGUGCUGCAGAGCAAGAUCGCCCAGAGCUGCCCCCCCGAGCUCAGCAAGCUGUUUCCCAUGAGGAAGGUGGCGUGUAAGAGGGACGCCUCGCCGGGGUCCUUCUUCGCCCGCGACAACACCGCCAACUUCCUGUGCUGGUGCCGCCAGCUCGGCGUCGAGGAGACGUACCUGUUCGAGUCGGAGGGCCUCGUUCUGCACAAGGAGCCUCGGCAGGUCUGCCUCUGCCUGCUGGAGAUCGGCCGCAUCGUCUCCAAGUACGGCGUGGAGCCUCCCGUGCUGGUGAAGCUGGAGAAAGAGAUCGAGCUGGAGGAGACGCUGCUGAUGACCGAGGACCCGCCGCCGGCCGUCAAGACCUUCAGCGUCUGCUGCCAGCACGGCGGCCUCUACCAGGCCGGGGAGCACGGCCUGGACGACCCGCCCUGCAACUGCUCCAACCGAGUCUCCAUCGAGUAUCUGUCGGAGGGACGCUACCGCCUGGGAGACAAGACCCUGUUUAUCCGGAUGCUGCAUGGUAAACAUGUGAUGGUGCGUGUGGGCGGCGGCUGGGACACUCUGCGAGGUUUCCUCAUGAAGUACGACCCGCUGCGCGUCCUGCAGUUCACCACUCUGGAGCAGAAGAUCCUGGCCUUUCAGAAGGGCCCGCCCGGCGCCGGCGGCGGUAUCCACGGCAACGCAGCCCCCCCGCCCCCUCCCGAUAUGGACCCCCUCGCCGCCGUCAACAACCUCAUCUCCUCCUCCUGCUCCUCUUCCUCCUCGUCUUCGUCCUCCUCCUCUUCCUCCGCGGCGGCCGCCGGUCAGACGUGUCGCUCGUACGCCGCCUCGCCCGUCUGCACGCCCACGCUGCCCAGGAAAGGCGCCGCCGCAGCCGCCAAAAAGAACCUCCAGAUGGCGUCGUCCACCCCCAGGAAGCCCACACAGCUCCCCCUGCCCGUCCCGCCCAAAGGCUCCUCCUCUCUGCCGGCCACGCCUGUCGGCGGCUCUUCGAAGCAGUCGCCCAGCCCCGGCUGUCAGGGCGGGCGGGGCCAGCGCAGAGCGGUCACUCCGUCCCCAGCUUCAAGCUCCGCCCCUCCCGCCGCAGCCUCCACCCCCAAACUGAGGCUGAGGCCGUCGCCGCGCACCGCCCCCUCGCAGCCCAGGAGCCCCGUCUGCCCCGAGCCGUCCUGCAAGUGCCCUAAACCCAACACCCCCUGCACCACACCCACCACCGCCUCUGUGCCUCGCCCCGCCACCGCCCCACCGCGGGCGCCCGCCCCGAAAGACGCCCGUCCGCCCACGGGCGCCAGCCAGCGCUCUCGCUUCACGCAGCGGCGUCCCGGCUCCCCGGCCUCGCGGCUCCGUCUGGAAGCGGCCCGGCGGGCGCGGACUGCGGCGCGGGCGGCCGCCACGCCGACUCCCAGACCAGCGACGCCGACUCAGCAGAGCAGGACGCCGACGCCCAGCUCACGCACCGACUCGCCCAAACCUCCCGCCUCGCUGCCGAAGCCUAAAGAGGCCGUAGCCAAAGCCACGGGGCCGGUCUCGGCGAGGGCGGCCGCCGCCCCUCCACGCGGUAAUGUUGCCCCAGGGCGGGUCCCAGGGGGCAACGCUGGCCCCUCCGCCGCCGGCAAAGUCAGUCAGAAAGCAGCAGCCGCGGCCCAGAGGGCGGGGCGAACGCAGCCGGUCACCGCCAACCCGUCCAAUCCGGUGAAGGCGGCCCUGAAGCCCGAAGCGGCGCCGACGCCGGCCCUCGCCCCGCAGAGGAACAGCCCAAACGUCAAAACGGCAAAGAGCGAGCCGAGCGGCUGCAAGAAGCCUCCGGGCCGGGGGGGCCGCGGCGAGGAGCCGUACUUUGAGAUGAACAGUCGCAGGAGGCAGAAGACGUAACGUCGCCCCGACGCUCGCUGUCACCAGCAGGCUGGUAAACAACAACAACAACAACAACAACAACAAACACACAGCACUUGUACGAGCUCAAAUACACAAAGUCACUCAUCCUCAUCCGAGCGCUUCUCAUUCUGACUCUUAUAAGUUUGCAGAUUUAUUUUUGUUUGUUGAAUUUUUUAAACUUGUUAUUUAAUUGUCUUUUUUUUCUAAUCCAAAAGGGUCAAAGACGUCGAUUUUACGUUUUCUGUCGCUGUUGUUUCCUCUCUGACGGUCUCCGUGUUUUCAGAGGUCAGGUCACUCGAACACUAAGCUCGCACAAUGUUUACAUUUGGACUCUUCAUUCAAACCGUGUUUUGGUUUUCUUUUGUUUUGCUACCUGCUCAUAAGUGGCAUUAUCACCGACCGAGCCGACACCGUCUGAAAAAGGAAACAAGGACUGGAUUUCCUCAUGGAACUCUUUUAAGACGAACCUCAGUGGAAGUGCUUUUAGGUGUGAACCAGGUCAGGAAACAGCCAUGUUUUAGCGAAAAAACACACUUCAGAUCAGAGUGUGUCGGGUUUUGCAGGAAAUAAAUCGCAUUUUUUUUUUACUGGCAGAAGGAAAUCCCCAAACGGAGACACGCCGCGGGGUUUCACGCCAACGUUCUCAGAGGCAGGUUACUGGAACCAAAGUCGGGAUAUUUUGAUAUUUUGGGCGGCGAGCGCAACGCAACUGGAACGAAAGUUGUGGUUCAUGACUUUCCUCCAAUGAGAACAAAGUUUCCAUUGGAGGAAUCAGAUCUCCUCUUUGUGAGUUUUGUAUAAAUGACAUUUAGGAGGCGGGGGGUUUUGUCCCGACGGCGCCGGGCGACGCGCCGUCAGGGACGUCGCCCCUCCCUCGCGUGCCUUCGAUCAGAAGCCUCUCGUUUCUGAGCGGCAGUAGAAUGUAUUAGAUGUCUCUUUUUGGGGAGGGGGUUAAAUGUUUUUUACUGAUGAAAAUUGCACAGCGUGGACGAGCACUCAUCGUGACUUUGGUUGCCUCGCCGAGUCGCACGCGACAAAACGACUACUGAUCAAAUCGCCUCUUCUCUUCUCC